CGCUUAGUAAAAAUGGUGAAUUUUAUUAGUGUACGUGUUCGUGCUUUUUAACAGUUGGUGGCGGUGUAUCAGAAAUUGUGAGCCUCUUUUUUUUCGGUGAAACUGUAGAAGAAGACAGCCUACCAGGAAGUUCGGGCCGACGGGCUGGUCCAGCGGUUACUGCGUUAAGUGAAUAUUAUGAGAUAUUAAGCUGUAAAAAAUAUGAGGUUACUGGUUUUCAUAGUGGUAUGGUAACCGGCUGAUAUUAAAGUGGACUUCGCAUUAGGAAAUGCCUUUGUUAAUUCAAAAUAGAGGACUAGACCGCAUAGGCGCGACAGCAGAACUGUUCGACAAGUAUCCACAUUUACAGGAAAAUGCAAGAACAUUUUGCUCCAAACCGCCUGUUGAUGUUGACCCAAAGUGCCUCUUGUAUGUCCAACAAAGAGAGUUUGCUGCAACAACACCAGCAGACAAUUGUGUUUCAGUAAUUGGAUCUGAUGAUGCCACCACCUGCCAUUUGGUUGUGCUGCGACACACCGGAAGUGGAGCUGUUUGCCUCGCUCACUGUGAUGGUUCCAGCACUUGGUCUGAAGUCCCGGUCCUUGUGAAAGCCGUCACAUCAUUGAGUAAUGUCAGUAAUGGGGGCAGACUUGAGCUGCAUCUUGUCGGGGGAUUUAAUGAUGAGUCAAAGACAUCCCAUAAACUCAGCCUUAACAUACUGGCAGCAUUCCAGAAACAGAAAGAGGAUAUUCAUCUGGAAACAUGCUGCAUCACAGAAAUGAAUGACCUUGAUGUUGAUGGAACUCAUAGACCGAUAUUGUAUGGAAUAGGUGUAAAUGUUAAAACAGGGGAUGUGUUCCCUGCGUCAUUCACUCAUAAAGGACCUGCAGAGCAGCUGCGAUCAGCACGGACCUUCACUGGGGGUCAGAUGGCUGACAUAUAUGACUCAAGUCGGGGACUUGUAAAAAUCGGCCCCUGCAAGUGGUCUCCAAAUCUGGAUAUUGCCUUCUGGUUGUCGCAAAAUGAUGACACAAUUUUAAAGUACCUGUCCACCUCUCCGCUGGCUGAGCCCCCGCACUUCGUUCAGCAUAUGAAGUCCACCAUCCAGUUCCUUUUAGAGCACCCCGACUCUGAUAGCCUGUUUCCUGGGGGUCAACCACAGCUCUACUGCAGGACUGAGAAAGGGGACUGGGAGAGGGCUGUCCAGUCAUAGAGGCCUACUCCCAUUUUUUUCCUCUGAACCUUAACAUGGAUCCUUUUUGCCUCUCGGUUCAUUGGAUACACUGUGAGCCUUCCACCCACUGUCUGUUUUUUAUUCAUUGUGUCUUAACAAGAAGGUGACCCAGACUGGACGACAUGUCUGCUGAAUGAAUCUCCUGACUCAUCUGGCUGGUCCAGUAGAGAGAACAGACAAAGAAUAAGUGAUUAUGUUGGUGCCUGCAACAGUUAUUUUCCACUCUUAUGAGGUGGUAUAACGUCUACACCUUACACCUCCUGCGGUGUUGCAUUGAGUCAAGGUCAUUAUCCUUCUGUGCUUGACUGUUUAUGUUUAUGGAUUUUUUGUCUUACUGUUAAAAUAAUUGUGUAUGUUUUUUUUUUUUUUUUUUUGGCCUAGGAACUACAACUGCUGAGCUUUUUCCAAAGUUUAAGCUCAGUUUAGAAUGAAAUCAACUUGAAAUUUGAUUGCCUUCAUAUUACUGUUGUCAAUUACUGUGGCCAGGAAAUCAAACCCGAAAAGCAAGCAUGAAGCAGACGUGGAUGUUUUGAAUAGAAGCAAAGGAUUAUAUGACAUCUCCCACGCCUGAAUGCACCAACAAGGAUUGUAUUAUGAUGACAUAACCUCCAAAAAAAAAAUAGACAAAGCCAAUGAUGGCCUAGACUACUGCAAGUUUCAAGCUCCAAUUGAAAUCAAUACAUUUAGGUAGGAAACCAAUCUUCACGCUAAUACUUUGGAAAUAUAUGCAUGAUUUGUUGUUAAUAGGCUAAAACAUGUACAUAAACAUCUGUAUGGCCCUUAAAUAUAAAGUUGACCUUCUGGAAAGGAGUAAUUACAGGUGAGGAGCUUGAUGCAGCAACAAUGGAAAAAAAAAAUCAAUUUUAGCCCUUUGUUUAAAUCAGUAAAGAGAAUACUGAUUUUGAAAAUCUGCAUUAUUUAAGAGUUGAACAAAGUUUAUUUUUCUCAACAAAUAACCUUCAUGAUGAGAGAGGAAUAGGAUAUUUCAUCACAUACUCUACAUAAUGCUGUAUACUUGGCUAUGAAUGUGUCUGUUUUAGAGAUUUGCAUGUGUAAAUGUGUAUGGUACCCUUCUACAAGGGAUGAUAUGGAUUCUGUUUAAUAGCAAAAAAAUCUGAUUUUGCUAGUUUUGUCUUUUCUGAAACGGUUGACAAAGAAAAACAACCCAGUAUACUCCACAAGGCCUUUCCAUCGGUUAUGUUAUUUAGUAGGUUGCCAGAUACUGAAAGCAUUCAGUGCAACUCGUUGUACCUGUUACUAAAUAAAAGAAAACGAUCAAA